AUGUAUGUGGUCCUUUGGGCUUGUGGAGGUUGUUUGGUUGUUGAGGUUAAAAGUGGUGAAUCAUUUAAGGUAAACAUUGAAGGCAAGUAUUAUUGUCGAAUUUCACAGGCAUCAAUUGGAGAGAUUGAGAAGGAAAAAAAUACAAGUUCUGAUGUUGAUGAGGAUACCGAUGAUUCCUCUGAUGAUGAUGAAGACAGUGAUGAAGAGGAAGAUACAAUAAAGAAGGAACUUUAAGAGAGAGAAUGCUCAUUUGAUUAGUAAUUGAUAGCGAGGGUUGUUUAUAAUAUAGAUUAUGUUGAUGAGUGAGAGGGUUGUUUAUAAUAUCAUGGUGUUUAGUAGAUUUGCUGUAAUUAGUAUGAAAAUGACAUCUAAAUG